AUGGUAGACUCUUCGGUUACUACUUGUCGAACAGAUGCGGCUUGGGAUGUACGCUCCAAAAGAGCUGGUAUGGCAUGGAUUCUCACGGAUUCAACGGGGAUCGAAAUCAAUCGAGGAUCGACAACACAGAACUGGGUCAAAUCCCCCUUGAUAGCGGAAGCUAUGGCUCUCCGAUCGGCUCUCCUCUCUGCAGAGACUCUAGGGCUCACAAAGCUCCGGUGCUUCUCUGACAACGCAACGCUCAUCAGAGCUAUUACCACCGACAUGCAGGCCAAGGAAAUCUUCGGUAUUGUUCGCGAUAUCAAAGGCAUCUCCUCUGUUUUCGUCGAAGUUAUCUUUUCGCAUUUCAAUCGUUCCUUCAAUGUAGAAGCCGAUUCUCUGGCAAAACUUUCACUUUCCUCUUCUCUGCUUGUGAACCCUGUGUUGGGCUGA